AUGCAUAGAACAACUUCCCACCGAAGCGAAGGUGGAUCUAGUAGAUCCACUCAUCGCAAAUCACCAUCAUCACCACCACCUCCUCCCAGUGAUCCAAGCAAAAGAAAUGUGAGAAAAACGGGGAUUUUAAAGGUGGUGGCGGAGAAUCCACUUGUAAUAGUGGCCGUGCGUGGAUGCUUCAUGUGUGUGACUGUGAAUGGUUUGGUGCAAAGACUGGGUGUAAAUCCAAAGAUCGUAGAGGUAGAGGAGGUGAAGAAAAUCGCGAUUUUAGUGAAGCUAUCGAAGAUUGAGGGAAGCGACGGAGGACCGUGGGAAUUGCCGGCGGUGUAUGUUGGUGGGAAGCUGUUGGGAGGUGUUGAUAAAGUAAUGGAGGCUCAUGUUAAGGGUGAACUUGUUCCCAUGCUUAGGGCAGCUGGAGCCUUAUGGCUUUGA